ACUGGCAAUCAGGGAUCGGGGUCCCAGCGCCCGUGCAGGGUCCCAGAUGGAUCCCCGAGGGAUCCUGAGGGGUGCCAGGAGGGGAUCCAGGUGAAUUCCCUGGAAUUCCCCCUUUUCCCCUCCUCCUUUCCCCUCCCCCCGCGCUCCCUCGGGCACUUUCGCUUUCGAGUCUCUCGAGCUGCGCCGGAGCCGCGAUCGGGGACGGCUGCGAUGGCUCCAGCACUGGGUCUGGGGGUGCUCUUGGGGCUCCUGGCGCUCCUGGGGGACCCGGGGUGCGCGACCAAAGUUCCCCACUCCUUGCGUUACCUGUACGUGGCGGUGUCAGAGCCCAGCCCGGGGGUCCCCCAGUUCAUGAUCACUGGGUUUGGAUGUGGAUCCAUGGGGCUGGGUCUCCACGCAUGGCUGCGGCUUUAUGGCUGUGACCUCCUGUCCGACGGGAGCGUCCGUGGAUCUGAGCGGCACAGCUACGACGGGCAGGAUUUCAUCUCCUUUGACCUGGCAUCCGGGAGAUUCGUGGCGGCCGACAGCGGUGCUGAGGUCACCAGGAGGCGCUGGGAACAGGAAGAGGUGGCUGAGGGUUUCACGAAUUACCUGGGUCACGAAUGCCCGGAAUGGCUCCAGAAAUACGUCGGGUACGGGCAGAAGGAGCUGGAGCGCAAAGUGCGCCCAGAUGUCCAUGUGUCCGGAAAAGAGGAACACGGGAUGCUGAUCCUCUCCUGCCACGCGUACGGAUUCUAUCCCAAGACCAUCGUAGUCAGCUGGAUGAAGGGGAAUGAUACCUUGGAUCAGGGGCCGGAGUGGGGCGGGAUCGUUCCCAACAGCGACGGCACCUUCCACACCUGGGCCAGGAUCGAGGCGCUGCCGGAGAAGUGGGAACAGUACCGGUGCAGGGUGGAGCAUCCUGGAAUGCUGGAGCCUGGGAUCUUCGCUUGGGAGCGAACAUCUGGUGGGAAUCUCACCGUGUUGGUCGCUGUGUGCGUCAUCGCUGCCAUCCUCAUCGUCCUCAUCGGAUUCGGAGUCUGGAGGCUCCAGUCUGGGAGGAGGGACGGGAAAGGAUACAACCCGGCAGCUGGAAAGGAUGUGGGAACCAACGGCCUGAGCACAGGAAUCACCACCGCCUGAGCGAUCCAUGGAGCUGGAUCCAGCCCCUUCCCUCUUCCUGGGAAAGCUGAGAGCUGCCAGCAGAGUUCAUCCCCCUACUCCCACGCACCCCACUGCUCUUGCUAAUGGAUCUAUUUCCUGUUUUGCAAUGUUUUAAAGGCAAGAACCACAGAUAUUCGCAAUGCUUCACUCUGGUGUGAAAUUAUCCUGCUUGGGGCAAUAAAUCCUGCUUGGGGCAAUAAAUCCUGCUUUGGGGCAAUAAAUCCGAGUUCCCUCCUCCA